AUAAAAUUGAGAUAGAAGUGUAAAUCAUUGUUAAAAUUAUUCUUGUAAUGUCGGUUUAAAUUUAAGAUGAAGGUGCCCUUCUAUACUGUCAUUGGACCAAUAUUGAAGAAAAACCAUCGGUCCAUUAGAUAUUUUUGUGAAAAUCCAGCUUUAUCAUUUUCUCCUUUUUAUGUACUUAUUUUAGGAAUUUUAGGUGUGGGUUUAAGUAUAUACGAUAUACUUAGAAUAAUAAAAUGCGGUCCAAUAUUGCCGGGUUUUCUUUGGAGAGAAAGACUGAAAAACAGUUCACUGGUAGCACCAGAAGUGGAAAGAGAUUUUAAAUUAAUAUGUCUAGUUUUGUCGUCUGAAUAUUAUUUAUUUCUUUUAGUGGGCUUAGCAACAUCUAACCCCAUAUUUUUUCUCCCCUUCAUGUGCCUAUAUGCGGGUAUAAUUUUAAUGGAAUCGUCGAUAUUUUUAAUGAGGGCCUUCAUGGAAGGUUUGGAUUUCAAAAAAUCUAGUCUGGUGAUGUCUAUGUUCAUGGUCUACAACUGGUUAUCGGUAUUUUGCACAUUUUGCCGACAUAUGACAGGAUGUGAUGUAUAAGUAUAUGUAGUAG